CAGCAUCCAGGGCAAAAAUUGGUCACCAUCGAUUUCAGUCAGGUGUAGUCUGCGUUGCGAACUGGUCGGAACUGUUCUGCCUUUGGCACUCCACCAGCGGGUCACCAGCGGUUUUUUUUUUCACUCACACUGAGUCGCGUAAAGCCCGCUCCAAUACGGCUGGAAAUGUUCGUAAACGACCCCACAAACAACGCGGAACACAACCACCACCACCACCACCAGCAGCGUGAUUUUUCAUUUACUGCCCGAUAAAUGAAGCCCGCCGAAUAGUGUGACGUGCGUUUAGCGAUCGAAAAUCGGGAUCUAGCGUUUUAUGACGAACCGCGCAAAGUGUCGAUAGUUGUUGUCCGAAAGGAAAAAUAUGUGCACUUGAACGUGUUUGUGAGUGCGUGUGAGGGUGCUUGUGAAGGGGGUGCCUUAAAGUCGGAAUCCGACAGGCAAGCAGGCAACGACCGACCGACCGACCGAAUACGUUGAAAAUUUAUCGAUACACAAACCGUAAACCACGACCGUCAAAGGAAAAGUGAAGCAAGUGAGCAGCCAAAGUGAAAAGAGGGGUGAAGGAGAGGUGUACGAGCGAGGACGCGUCUGGCCGGUAAAGGGUCAACACGGUUGGGAAGGCAGCACAAGCAAAUACCCUCUGAACGCAACCAAAGAAAUUACAUCUUCCAGGAUCCGAAAUCGAACGUUUCCAGAAUGGCCUCGGGCCAUUUCUUUUGGGCCAUAUUUUACUUCGCUUGCCUGUGCAGUGCAUCGCUCGCCAACAAUGCCAAAGUUAACUUUCGCGAGAAGGAAAAGAAGAUUCUAGAUCAAAUUCUGGGCGCCGGCAAGUACGACGCGCGUAUCCGACCGUCCGGCAUCAACGGAACCGACGAUAAGGCCACACAGGUGUUCGUCAACAUGUUCCUAAGAUCGAUCUCGAAAAUCGACGAUUACAAAAUGGAGUACAGUGUACAGCUCACGUUCCGAGAACAGUGGCUGGACGAACGAUUAAAGUUCGAUGACAUCGGAGGCCGCUUAAAGUACCUUACACUGACCGAAGCAAACCGUGUGUGGAUGCCUGACUUGUUCUUCUCGAACGAGAAGGAAGGUCACUUCCACAACAUCAUUAUGCCGAACGUCUACAUCCGUAUCUUCCCGUACGGAUCGGUACUAUAUAGCAUACGUAUUUCACUCACGUUGGCCUGCCCGAUGAAUCUCAAGCUGUACCCACUGGAUCGUCAGGUGUGCUCGCUACGUAUGGCAAGUUAUGGUUGGACGACGGCCGAUCUAGUGUUUCUGUGGAAGGAGGGCGAUCCCGUGCAGGUGGUGAAGAAUCUGCAUCUGCCCCGGUUCACGCUGGAGAAAUUCUUGACCGAUUACUGCAACAGCAAAACUAACACCGGUAAGCGUGCAGGGACCAUCGCCGCCAUUACGUCGGUUCUCUGGCUGCAUGUCUGGUUCGCUGAGUCUCUCUCUCUCUCUCUCUCACACACACACAUUCACCUCUUCGCAUUCUCCGCAGGUGAAUACAGUUGCCUGAAGGUGGAUCUGCUGUUCAAGCGCGAGUUCUCGUACUAUCUGAUCCAGAUCUACAUCCCCUGCUGCAUGUUGGUCAUCGUGUCCUGGGUCUCGUUCUGGCUCGAUCAGGGCGCUGUGCCGGCGCGGGUCUCGCUCGGCGUCACCACCCUGCUCACGAUGGCGACGCAAACGUCGGGCAUCAACGCAUCGCUACCGCCCGUGUCUUACACCAAAGCCAUCGACGUGUGGACCGGCGUCUGCUUGACGUUCGUGUUCGGGGCGCUGCUCGAGUUCGCCCUCGUCAACUACGCGUCCCGUUCAGCGGAUAGGGCAGCAGACAUGCACCGAGAGAAUAUGAAGAAAAAGCGGCGCGAAAUGGAGCAGGCCAGCCUGGACGCGGCCUCGGAUCUGCUGGACACCGACAGUAACGCCACCUUUGCGAUGAAACCGCUCGUGCGCCAUCCGGGUGAUCCGUUGGCACUGGAAAAGCUGCGCCAGUGCGAGGUGCACAUGCAGGCCCCGAAGCGGCCAAACUGCUGCCGUAGCUGGCUGUCAAAGUUCCCGACCAGACAAUGCUCGCGCUCGAAGCGCAUCGACGUUAUCUCCCGGAUAACGUUCCCGCUGGUGUUUGCCCUGUUCAACCUGGUCUACUGGAGCACCUAUCUGUUCCGGGAGGAGGAGGAAGACUAAGCGAAUCACUAAACCGCCAGCCAUCGGUGUUAGUAAUAGAGGAACCCACGUAGCCACUGUAACCAAACCCCACGCCCCUUCACUCCACCUUCAAGUGUCCGGUUCCAGCUGGUUUCGGCAGUCACUCGAAUGUGAAGCGCAGAUGCGCAGAUGGCUCACACCUGAGCCAAACACGCCUACUGAAUGGACUAAUGGGGGAAGGAAACGGUUCUCAACACGCAAAAUGUCAAUCGCUCAACAAUAGUUAAACGCACCUAGUCAACAACACAGUGUGGCUGGGCAGGAAAACGAGGCCGUUACCCUAGAGCCGGCUCAACACAUCAACACAUGCCUGUUAAUAUGUGUAGCACGCACUAGUUCAGUUAAAUAGCAAAACCGGAGAGAAAGAAAAAUAGGUCCGAGUAUCACAACACAGUUCUGCAACACCUGCACUACCGUGUAAGUUCAAUGGUUCACCAAAUUUAAGUACACACCGGGACACACAGGACACAAAACAGAGUCAUAUCUCGACAGGAAACCGCAUUUCGAAGUAGCAAACGCUGGCCUACCGCAAACGAGUGUAUCUGUUAUGCGAAUUGCAUACCUUUAGGCGGAAGUAUUUAAUUUUGCUUCUAAAGAAAGGGCAACUCGUAGAACGAAAAAACAAACACCGUUAGCAGAUUACGUUUUCUUCACACUUUAAAUUUAGCACACACACACACACGCGCAGACGUGUACACCUAUCAAACCCCAUGCUGCCAUAUGCUCGGUUUCUUCGGUAGUUUCGGACAGAAUAGUGCCUUUAGCUUGCAUUAGUUUACCUCGCUUUCCCAUUUUUCCAUUCUUCUGCUGCCGGAACAGAAUUGUGGGACAGAAUAAUGCUCAACCCUCCCCCCACUUUGUGUGCGUCCCGUUCUCAUUAAGCUAGUGCCAUAGUUGUUACAAAAAAACAUUUGCGGUUGUGAAUGCGGAACCGGGACAAACACCUUCUAUACAGAAAGGCACACGCGAAUCCAAUUUCUUCCUUUCGUGCGUAAAAAAAGCUGUCCUAUCAAACUGUUCGAAAAUAGGCAUCCACCAUUAACGUUCGCCCUUUUUGUUCUCUGUUUUGUUAUCCUGUUUGCUCCUGCCAGUUAGCACACAACACACCCGAAAAGAAAUAGCUAUCAAAACAAAACAUCAGAAUCUACCCGUAGAGCGUAUGGGACGCAGUCCAGCACUGGCAGAGACAAUGUGCUAGUGUGUGUGUGUGUGCAUGUAUCUGUACCAGUGUUUGCAAAACUCUGGUUUGGUAUUUUUGUACAAAAAAAACGCAUCGAAAAAAACCAACAAAAAAAAAGGUAACAAACUCUAUGUGCAACAGAAGAAAAAGAAACGAUGUUCUUUAUCCAAACUACAGAGAGAAAAACAGAAAAGAAAGGAGGAUAAAAAAACACACAAAAUUUAAAUAUCCAGAUACCAGUGCAGAAAUAAUCAGUAGGGAAGCAGCAGGUCACACAAGAUAACAACACAACAAGCAAACAAUCGUAUUGAAAACAACAGCAACAAAUAUUCUCGUGCAGGAACAAACUAAAUAGUUCACCAGUUUUCUUAACGUAUAAAGGCACUAGGCACUUAUAAAACAAAACCAGAACAAAAAAACCCACACACACUCAGAAAUAUAGGAAAAAAGGAGAGGAGAACAAAAAGCAAAAGCGAACAACAACAAAAAAGGCUAGAAAAGAAGUGAACUUUAAAUGUAGUGGAUUGUUAAGAUGGAAAACAAAAAACAAAAAACAACAAAGGGGAAAACUCUUUAAAAAAUUACAGGGUCAUAGCUAUUGUUGGCACGAAUGCACAACAUUAAGGUAAAAAGUAAAAAAAAAAAAAACGAGAUUCUAUCAAACACA